AGGCUGUUGGCUUUUGAAAUCUUACAGGAAGGUAGUUACAGCCCCAACACAGGAAGAGAUGAAGAGUUCAAGAUGAAAAUGGUAUACAGGGGACUUGACAGUGACUAGCAGAAGAUCCACCAAUAUCUUUCUUCCUCAGCUCAAAUCAUUGCAUAAUUAUAAUGGGGGAAGAUCUUUUGUGUCUUUUGAGACAGAGGACUCAUGAUCAUUGAACAAUGACGAUGCUUGGAAGUCACCACUGAAGUAGGAUAGGAUCUCUCCAGAGUCAAAGACAUUUCUGUCCAUCUAUCUGCCUUCUAGUUCCUUGCAAAGGAACUUAAAGCAUUAGACUAAACUGUGACAUCUCUCCUUCCUUAAGUUUGGGCCCCAGGAGGGGCUAAAGAAUGGAGACCUUGAGUGGGAUAUAUUCGUGAGAAAGCUCAGAUCUCAAAGAACCAUGGACAGAGACUUGCUAAUACCCAACUCCUGGGACCCUGAUGCUAUUGGGGAGGGUCCCUGCUGGAAAGAGCGCAAUUACUUCUGCUGCAGGACUAGAGCUAUCUUUUCUGCAAAAUACCUGGAUUUUCUUUGAUGGAAGAUUCUGGGAUGCAGAAGCAUUUGGAAGUUCUCCUGAGCAAAUAUGGAGUCAGUGUGGACUUAGGCCUCCUGUCAGAGAAAACUGCCCCAGAAAGAUUGACCAACUUACUGUUAAUUGAAGGCUUAACAGAUCUCCAACUAAAAGAGCAUGACUUCACCCAGAUUGAGACCACUCGGGGCCAGAGGCAUGUGUCCAAAACCAUCCCCCUGGAACGACUCUUCUUACCUCUCUCCCGAGUUUCCAUUCCUCCCCGGAUCUCUGUGACUGUUGGGGUGGCUGGCAUUGGCAAGACCACGCUGGUGACCCAGUACGUCUCCAUGUGGGCCAGAGGGGAGAUCAGUAAGGACAUCUCUGUAGUGUUGCCUUUGAAUUUCCGGGAACUCAACAUUUACGAGAAGCUGUCUGCAGAGAGACUCAUUCGCUCAGCCUUUCCCCACAUCAGUGAAACAGGGCUGACAUUCUUAGGUUCCGGGCAGGUCUUGCUGAUUCUAGAUGGACUGGAUGAAUUCAAAGUACCUCUGGAUUUUUCCAACACGCUGGCUUGCACAGACCCGAAGAAAGAAAUUCCUGUGGACAAUCUUAUCACUAACAUCAUCCGUGGGAACCUCUUCCCAGAAGUUUCAGUCUGGGUGACAUCCCGCCCAACAGCUGCCAGCCAGAUUCCAGGAGGGUUGGUGGACCGGAUGACUGAGAUCCGGGGAUUCAAUGAGGGGGAGAUCCAGAGCUAUUUGAGCCAGAUGUUUCCUGAUAGCCAAGGCCUCCCAGGCCAAAUCCUAAGUCAGGUCCAGGCCAACAAAGCCCUGUACCUGAUGUGCACGGUGCCUUCCUUCUGCCAGCUCUGUGGGACAGUGCUGGGUUACCUGGUCAGGAACGGCCUGGGAUGCCAGACCUCAGAGCUGGCGCCUCCGAGGACCCUCUCUGAGAUCUACGCGUGGUACUUCAAGAUGGCCCUGUGUGGGGAGGCGCCGGACAGGCUGAGGGAAAGCCCAAGGAUCGAGCAGGCUGUCCACAGUGGGAGGAAGCUGAUGGGGACCUUGGGCCGAAUGGCCUUCCACGGCCUCCUCAGAAAGAAGUAUGUCUUUUAUGAACAGGAUAUGAAAACAUUUGGCGUUGACCUCCCCCUUUUGCAGAGCAGCCUGUGUGGGUGCUUCCUCCUGCGGGAAGACACCCCGGCAUCCUCUGCCUACCGCUUCAUCCACCUCACCUUGCAAGAAUUUGCAGCUGCUGCUUAUUACUACAGUGCAGCCAAGAGGGCCAUCUUUGACCUCUUCACAGAGAACGGCAUGUCCUGGCCCAAGCUUGGCUUCCUCACCCACUUCAAGAGCGCCGUGCAGCGGGCACUCCAGGAGGACCAUGGGCAACUGGACGUGUUCUUACGCUUCCUCUCAGGCCUCCUCUCCCCCCGCGUCAACUCACUGCUGGCCGGCUGGUUCCUGGGGCGGGAUGAGCACGGCAGCUACCGGGCCCAGGCCGUGGCCCACCUGCAGGGCCACCUCAGGGCCGAUGCCCCCGUCUCCUCUGGCACAGUGAACGCCCUGCGGUGCCUGCAUGAGCUGCAGCACACGGAGCUGGCCGGGGCCGUGGAGGAGGCCCUCAAGAGUGAGAGCCUGGCUGGGCAGCUGGACCCCAUGCGCUGCUCCGCCCUGGCCUACCUCCUGCAGGUCUCUGAGGUCUGCGCCCAGGAGACCAGCCUCACCAGGUGCCUCAACUACGCCAUCCUCAAGAGCCUGCUGCCCCAGCUCCUCUACUGCAGGAGCCUCAGGCUGGAUAACAACCAAUUUCAAGACAAUGUGAUGGAGUUGCUGGGCAGUGUACUGAGCAGCAAGGAUUGCCAUAUUCAGAAAAUCAGCUUGGCUGAGAAUCAGAUCCACAACAAAGGGGCCAAAGCUCUAGCCAGAUCCCUCCUGGUCAACAGAAGUCUCACUGUCUUGGAUCUUCGAAAUAAUUCCAUCGGACCACAAGGAGCUAAGGCCCUGGCAGAUUCUUUGAAGAUUAACAGGGUCUUGAUAUCUCUGAGUCUCCAGAAUAAUGUCAUCAAAGAUGAGGGGGCCAAGUUCAUUGCAGAUGCCCUGAUGGUGAACCACAUGCUCUCCAUGCUGCACUUACAAAAGAACUCCAUUGGGUCUCUUGGAGCCAAGCCGAUUGCAGAUGCGCUGAAGAAAAAUGGGAGCCUGAAAGAACUCAUGUUGUCUAGUAACAGUGUGGGAAAUGAUGGCUCCAAAGCCCUGGCAGAGGCACUGAAGGUGAACCAAGGCCUCAUCACCCUGGACCUUCAGAGCAAUUCGAUCAGUGACGCUGGGGUGGCUGCCUUGACACGUGCUCUCUGUAUAAAUCACACUCUCCUCAGCCUUAACCUCCGAGAAAACUCUAUCAGUCCAGAUGGAGCUCAGGAGAUCGCCAGUGCUCUGCGCAGCAAUCAGGCUCUCCAGAACUUGGACCUGACAGCCAAUCUUCUCCAUGAUCAGGGUGCACAGGCCAUUGCAGCGGCGGUGAAAGAGAAUCGAGUGCUCAGAACACUCCACUUACAAUGGAAUUUCAUCCAGGUCAAUGCUGCCAAGGCCCUGGGUCAAGCACUACAAUUCAACCGAAGCCUGACCAGUUUAGAUUUGCAGGAAAAUGCAAUUGGAGAUGAAGGAAUGAUGGCCCUCGCCAGGGCACUGAAGAUGAACACAAGUCUCACAGCUCUCUAUCUUCAGGUGGCGUCUAUUGGAGUACUUGGGGCCCAAGCACUAGGCGAUGCAUUGGCUGUGAACAAGACCUUGGAAAUUUUGGACUUAAGAGGAAACUCCAUUGGGGCAGCUGGAGCUAAGGCCAUAGCUAAUGCCUUGAAGAUAAACUCCAGUCUUCGGAUGCUCAAUCUUCAAGAGAACUCCUUAGGAAUGGAUGGAGCCAUCUGCAUCGCCACUGCACUGACCAACAACCAUGGGUUCAAGCAUAUCAAUCUCCAGGGAAACCACAUCGGAGAAUCAGGUGCCAGGAUGAUCUCAGAAGCCAUCAAGACAAAUGCCCCAGAUUGUAUUGUUGAAAUGUGAGCCAUAAUUUCUGAUGGAACUUUCUGCUGGACUGAGCAGAACAGGGAAGAAAUCAAGCAGGAAAUCUGGAUAAGAUUAUUUAAACAAGUGGUAGUCUGAAGGUCAGUGCUAGCAGGAAUGAGCUUAUUGAUCCUAUGGAUGCAGUUUCAAAGAGAGGUUAUCAUCUACCUCUAGAACGGAGUACAGGAAUAGCAAUGACUAAUAAAACUGCAUAAACAGGGUGAAUUCUUGCACGGAUAGGCUCUGGGAUUGUGAUUUAAGGGUUCAGCUACUUUAAUAAUAGAAGAAGCUGGUUGGCCAUGAAUAAACGUUAACACUGUUAAAAAAUCAACCUGACAUGUAGCAGAGGAAACAUUCCUUGAUUCUUCCAAAUACCACAAGUCUCUCAAUUCCUCAAGAAACAUGGAAAAACCAUUUUGACAUGGGUUGUAAGGCUUUGGAGACAAAAAAUACUGGCAUUUUCCCCAAUUUUCCAUCACACCAGCCAGUAUUAAGCAAAUUCUUCAAAGAUAAAUGCAGGUGACCUAGUGGACUGCAAACUCAGUAUAUGUCAGCAAUGUGAUAUGGCAAUAGGAAAAAAAUUGAUUUUGUUCUGCCUUAUUAGCAGAACAAAGAUGGUACUAAGUCUGACACACUCAGGGUCAGAUGAUAUCUGAAAUAUUCAACCAAGUUCUUGGUGCCAUAUUUUAUAAAAUUUUAUCAUUUUAUAAUGGGAAAUUUAAAACAUGUCCAGAGCUUAGUAUAAGCAGGAUGAUUUUUUUAAAACCUCCCAGCUCUUUUGGGGGGGGUUCAGAAGAUCUAAGAUUUCAUGUGUGUGUAAACCUUCUACAAACUAAAUCAUUUGUAAUUUAAGAGCCUUAGACCCUAUCUGGAAGUCUUUCAGAUGAACUUUUUUCAACAGCCAAAAGAGUUGUCACUUUAGACAAUGUGCUUGCCCUGCUGGUUUGGAGAAAUGCCUGAGUUUUUGCUUUUUUCUUUCCAGAGCUCCACAAGUAACCACUGCUUUGUAACUAAACCCCUCCUCAUUCUUCUCCUAAAUGCGGGGUUUUUCUAUUUUAGAAUUCUAUAAUUUUGAUUUAUCACACUAUGGGAAUAUAUGAUGUGUUGUGUCCUGCUUUCUAGAGCCCCCAGGUUGGGGUAACAAAAUUUACCAUUGCUUUCUAAAGCCCCCACACCGGGGUGAUUUAAAUAUCCUGCUUUCUAGAGCCCCCAAGUUAGGAUGACAAAAUGUACUGUGCUUUCUAGAGCCCCCACACCGGGGUG